AUGAUCAGCAUCCUCGCGCAGGAGCGCCUCCUCGGGUUCGCCCUGGGCUCCGUCUCCAUGGGCGGCUUCGUCCUCCACCAGCGCCGCGCCAUCUACCGCUCAAUCGCUGAAGCCGAUGGGUCGCCCUACGUCUACCAGGUCAGCGUCUGGUUGCUUCCUCCGAACCUACAGCCCAGCAGCUGUCUGCUUUCUGAACUAUUGUGGCGAUUCAUGGCUUAA